UAAAAGGAAAACAGCGCGGCUUCCUACCUCCUUCCUGGUCAGCCUGGAGGCAGGCAGGAAUGUUCUUCUUCCAUCCCGGCAUUUCCCUCGCAGCGUGAGCAUUCAGAACGCUUCAAAGCCUCGUUUUGGAGUGAGGGAGGGAGAGGCGAGAGACGAGCGAGCGCCCACCACACCGAGCUCCCACUGCCCGGGGUCGAAACGGGAUUAUCCAUCCACGACCGCCCAGAUCUCCAUUCAAACACGGCUCGGCUCCGAGUGAUGACACUCAACUCUCCGCCAUUCAGCUCCUGAACUGCGUUUCUCCCCCCCGAAGAAUAAAACUGGCUGCGGAAACUGAAGACACACUUAACCCAGAGCGAGAGAGUGGGGUGCAAAGAAUACUGUCCCGCAAAUACUGACUUGUACUGCAAGCUUCGCUGUGUUACACCAGACUGCAAACAUGGCGAGCGCCUCCUACCACAUCUCUAAUCUGUUGGAGAAAAUGACAUCCAGCGACAAGGAUUUCAGGUUCAUGGCCACGAACGACCUGAUGUCGGAGCUGCAGAAGGACUCCAUCAAGCUGGACGACGACAGCGAGCGCAAGGUGGUGAAGAUGAUCCUCAAACUGCUGGAGGACAAGAACGGAGAGGUGCAGAACCUGGCCGUCAAAUGUCUGGGGCCGCUGGUCAGUAAGGUGAAGGAGUACCAGGUGGAGACCAUCGUGGACACGCUCUGCACCAACAUGCUGUCUGAUAAGGAGCAGCUCCGCGACAUCUCCAGCAUCGGCCUGAAGACCGUGAUCGGAGAGCUGCCCCCCGCCUCCAGCGGCUCGGCCCUGGCUGCCAGCGUGUGUAAGAAGAUCACGGGCCGCCUCACCAGCGCCAUCGCCAAGCAGGAGGACGUCUCCGUGCAGCUGGAGGCCCUGGACAUCAUGGCCGACAUGCUGUGCAGACAGGGGGGCCUGCUGGUGAACUUCCACCCCUCCAUCCUGAGCUGCCUGCUGCCCCAGCUGACCAGCCCGCGCCUGGCGGUGAGGAAGAGGACCAUCAUCGCCCUCGGACACCUGGUCAUGAGCUGCGGCAACCUGGUGUUCGUGGACCUGAUCGAGCACCUGCUGUCGGAGCUGUCCAAGAACGACUCCAUGUCCACCACGCGCACCUACAUCCAGUGCAUCGCCGCCAUCAGCCGGCAGGCUGGGCACCGCAUCGGUGAGUACCUGGAGAAGAUCAUCCCCCUGGUGGUGAAGUUCUGCAACAUCGACGAUGACGAGCUGCGGGAGUACUGCAUCCAGGCCUUCGAGUCGUUCGUCCGGCGGUGUCCCAAAGAAGUGUACCCCCACGUCCCCACAGUCAUCAGCAUCUGCCUGACGUACCUGACCUACGACCCCAACUACAACUACGAUGACGAGGACGAAGACGAGAACGCCAUGGACGCGGACGGAGUGGACGAGGACUACCAGGGCAGCGAUGACGAGUACAGCGAUGAUGAUGACAUGAGCUGGAAGGUGCGGCGGGCGGCGGCUAAGUGUCUGGACGCCGUGGUGAGCACGCGGCACGAGAUGCUGCCCGAGUUCUACCGCACCGUGUCGCCCGCCCUGAUUGGCCGCUUCAAGGAGCGCGAGGAGAACGUGAAGGCGGACGUGUUCCACGCGUACCUGUCCCUCCUGAAGCAGACCCGCCCCGCCCAGAGCUGGCUGUGUGACCCCGACGCCAUGGAGCAGGGCGAUACCCCCCUCACCAUGCUGCAGAGCCAGGUGCCCAUGACUGUGAAGGCCCUGCACAAGCAGAUGAAGGAGAAGAGUGUGAAGACCCGGCAGUGCUGCUUCAACAUGCUGACAGAGCUGGUCAACGUGCUGCCUGGGGCUCUGACCCAGCACAUACCCGUGCUGGUCCCGGGCAUCAUCUUCUCUCUGAACGACAAGUCGAGCUCCUCCAACCUGAAGAUCGACGCGCUGUCGUGUCUGUACGUGAUCCUGUGCAACCACCAGCCGCAGGUGUUCCACGCGCACGUGCAGGCCCUGGUGCCGCCCGUGGUGGCCUGCGUGGGAGACCCCUUCUACAAGAUCACGUCGGAGGCCCUGCUGGUGACGCAGCAGCUGGUGCGCGUGAUCCGGCCGCUGGACCAGCCCGACGCCUUCGACGCCUCGCCCUACAUCCAGGACCUGUUCUCCUGCACCGUGCGCCGGCUCAAAGCCGCCGACAUCGACCAGGAGGUGAAGGAGCGCGCCAUCUCCUGCAUGGGCCAGGUGAUCUGCAACCUGGGCGACAGCCUUGGGUCGGACCUGCCGCCCACGCUGCAGAUCUUCCUGGAGCGCCUGAGGAACGAGAUCACGCGGCUCACCACGGUGAAGGCGCUGACGCUGAUCGCCGGCUCCCCGCUGCGCAUCGACCUGCGGCCCGUUCUGGGCGACGCCGUGCCCAUCCUGGCCUCCUUCCUGCGCAAGAACCAGCGGGCGCUGAAGCUGAGCACGCUGGCGGCGCUCGACAUCCUGGUGAAGAGCUACGGCGACGCGGCCACGCCCGCCAUGAUCGACGCCGUGCUGGCCGAGCUGCCCCCGCUCAUCAGCGAGAGCGACAUGCACGUGUCCCAGAUGGCCAUCGGCUUCCUCACCACGCUGGCCACCGCGCACCCCGACUCCCUGUCCAAGAUCAGCGGCGCCAUCCUGCCCGAGCUCAUCGCCCUGGUGCGCUCGCCCCUCCUGCAGGGCGGCGCCCUCUGCGCCAUGCUGGACUUCUUCCAGGCGCUGGUCUCCACGGGGACGGCGGGGCUGGGCUACAUGGACCUGCUGCGCAUGCUGACGGGCCCCGUGUACGCGCAGAGCGCCACGCUGGCGCACAAGCAGUCCUACUACUCCAUCGCCAAGUGCGUGGCCGCGCUGACGCGCGCCUGCCCCCGCGAGGGCCCGGCCGUGGUGGGCCAGUUCAUCCAGGACGUGAAGAACUCGCGCUCCACCGACUCCAUCCGGCUGCUGGCGCUGCUGUCCCUGGGCGAGGUGGGCCACCACGUGGACCUGAGCGGCCAGCCCGAGCUCAAGGCCGUCAUCCUGGACGCCUUCUCGUCCGCCAGCGAGGAGGUGAAGUCGGCGGCCUCGUACGCGCUGGGCAGCAUCAGCGUGGGGAACCUGCCCGAGUACCUGCCCUUCGUGCUGCAGGAGAUCUCGGGCCAGCCCAAGCGGCAGUACCUGCUGCUGCACUCGCUGAAGGAGAUCAUCGGCUCGGCCGCCGUGGCCGGCCUGCGGCCCUACGUGGAGAGCGUGUGGGCGCUGCUGCUCAAGCACUGCGAGUGCACGGAGGAGGGCACGCGCAACGUGGUGGCCGAGUGUCUGGGCAAGCUCACGCUCAUCGACCCCGAGACCCUGCUGCCCCGCCUCAAAGGGUACCUGCUGUCAGGGUCCUCCUACGCCAGGAGCUCCGUGGUGACGGCGGUGAAGUUCACCAUUUCUGACCACCCACAGACCAUCGACCCUCUGCUCAAGAACUGCAUAGGCGACUUCCUGAAGACGUUGGAAGACCCAGACCUGAACGUGCGGCGGGUUGCCCUGGUGACGUUUAACUCCGCAGCGCACAACAAGCCCUCGCUGAUCCGGGACCUGCUGGACACGGUUCUGCCACACCUGUACAACGAGACCAAAGUGCGCAAGGAGCUGAUCCGAGAGGUGGAGAUGGGACCCUUCAAACACACGGUGGACGACGGGCUGGACAUUCGCAAGGCCGCGUUCGAGUGCAUGUACACCCUUCUCGACAGCUGCCUGGACCGGCUAGACAUCUUCGAGUUCCUCAACCACGUGGAGGACGGGCUAAAGGACCACUACGACAUCAAGAUGCUGACGUUCCUGAUGCUGGCCAGGCUGUCCUCUCUGUGCCCCAGCGCUGUGCUGCAGAGGCUGGACCGGCUUGUGGAGCCACUGCGGGCCACCUGCACCACAAAGGUCAAGGCGAACUCGGUGAAGCAGGAGUUUGAGAAGCAGGACGAGCUGAAGAGGUCGGCCAUGCGGGCGGUGGUGGCCCUGCUCACCAUCCCAGAGGCGGAGAAGAGCCCCCUGAUGAGCGAGUUCCAGUCGCAGAUCAGCUCCAACCCCGAGCUGGCCGCCAUCUUCGACAGCAUCCAGAAGGACUCCAGCUCGGCCAACAUGGAGUCCAUGGACACCAGCUAGAGCCGCGCUCUGAACCCAACGUCAAUAAUCUAAAAAAAAUAAACAACCCAGGCCACCUGUU